AAAUUUCAAGUAAAACAUUCGAUAAAUAAGAGUGAAAACUCCGAAUUGUUCGCCUUGUCCCAAGCUCCCAAUUUUUCACUGCUACAAAGCCAACAGCGACAGACCAACGUCUCUUUAAGAUUGUUCCCAGAACCAGAUCGGAUCAUCGCACUCUUCUGCACUUCGACAUUCCGAAGAUCUUGAACGAGAUCUCCGUGGUAACAAUCUCUGUGAUUUUUUCUGGUCAGUCAAUGUUUUCUUCGUGCAUUUUGGAAGCACAACAAAGAAACAUUUCUGUAUGAUUUUGUGGCUUCUCUCCUUCCCGGUAAUGAAUUCAUUGGCUGAUUCCUUAAAUCAUGUAACGUCGAUUCUUUGAGAGGUGGGCGCAUUGUAUGUGGAUCAAUUGCUGUGUUACGCAUUACGAUCUAUCAGUGAUAGCUGCUUUCCUGGAGGCUUUGGAACAAUUAAGAAUUUUUUCAAAGGGUUUUUUUUUUUUGGUUGUAUAAAUGAGAGAAGAUUGCAAAGCUAGCUGUUCCUUCUGCUAUUACAGUGGAUUUGAGGAUUUGCCACUAAAUGUUGGGCAUUUUUUGGUUUUUUUCUUUAAUCAGAUUGAGAUUCAAGAUAUGUCAAUUCUGACAUCUGGUGGUUCCGGUUGAAUUGGUGUGGUUUACCGAGUAUUGAGAUCAAUUCAGGAGUUCUUGGUGCACUUUUUUUCUGUUGCUUUGUUUUCUCGAAGCAGCCAACCGAUAAUAUUUGGGGGAAUUUAUAAUUAAUUUCAAUAGUUUUGAGGAAGGUGUUCUUGCUGUAUUCUUUCAUCUGUCUUGGUUUUAAUAUGGUGUAUAGACUGGAUGAAAAUUGGAAGGCCUUAGGGUAGUUGUUGCGGGUGUGCUCGUAGAUGGCUUCAACUUAGAAUGCAAAAGGAGAUGGUAGAAAACAAUUUAGAAACAGAAAAGUGUGCAUUUGUGGGGGAUAGUGAUAUUCAAGGUGGAAACCAGGGUCUUCGCCGGGAGCCUUCUUUCUCAGGUUGGUGUGAUGAGAAUGGGAUCAUUCAUUCAGCUCUUUCUUCAGACAAUGCUGAUCUAAGCAUAGAAGAUUCUGAUUUUGAAUUGCCUUUGCUUGAAGGAGACGGGUCAGAAGGUGGAUGUUUAGGUGGGGAAAGACAAAAAUUUAGUAAGUCUAAGCUGAGAAGUAUGCAUAUCAAUGGAGGUCAUUCCUUGGAUAAUACAUCUUACCAUAUCGAAGGGAAUGGAAAUGAGAGAAACUAUGUUCCAUUUGAUGUUGAAAAUGGCUCUGGGAGCCAACCGCAUGGCUCUGCUUCACAAGGAACACAUAAAACAGUAUCAGAUACUCAAAGCCCUAUUUCUGUAGUUGUUGUUCUUAAGACAUUGUUUUUCAUAGUCGUAUGGUACAGCUUCAGUACUUGUUUGACUCUAUAUAACAAAACACUUUUAGGAGAUGAUUUGGGAAAGUUUCCUGCUCCAAUGUUGAUGAACACUGUCCACUUUGGAAUGCAAGCUUUUCUGUCUAAUGCAAUUACAUGGUUUUGGGCCAAAAGAUUUCGACCCAGAGUAGCCAUGUCAUGGAGAGAUUACUUUAUGCGAGUUGUACCAACAGCUCUUGGAACUGCGCUGGAUAUAAACCUGAGCAAUGCCUCUCUUGUUUUCAUCUCUGUAACAUUUGCAACUAUGUGUAAAUCUGCGUCUCCUAUUUUUCUCCUCCUAUUUGCCUUUGGAUUCAGGCUGGAGACUCCAAGCAUCAAACUUUUUGGCAUCAUGUUACUCAUCUCUUUUGGAAUUCUAUUGACAGUUGCAAGGGAGACAGAAUUUGAGCUUUGGGGCUUCAUUUUUGUCAUGCUUGCUGCUGUUAUGUCUGGCUUUCGUUGGUGCAUGACUCAAAUUCUCUUGCAGAGAGAGGCCUAUGGUUUAAAGGAUCCCCUUACGCUGAUGAGCUAUGUGACUCCAGUUAUGGCUGUAUCAACUGCUCUACUCUCUCUUGUAAUGGAUCCUUGGGAUGAGUUCAAAAAGAACAAUUACUUCAAUAGUUCAUGGCAUGUUCUUCGAAGCACCUUGCUAAUGAUUUUUGGAGGAACCCUUGCCUUUUUUAUGGUUUUGACAGAAUAUAUACUUGUCUCAGUAACCAGUGCAGUGACUGUAAACAUUGCAGGGGUUGUUAAAGAGGCAGUUACUAUUUUGGUUGCAGUGUUUUACUUCCACGAUCAGUUUACCUGGUUGAAAGGGAUUGGGCUCAUUACAAUCAUGGUUGGAGUUAGUUUAUUCAACUGGUUCAAGAUCUUUGUGUUUGAUCAAGGAAAAAGGGUUUGGCGUCUGAUCCAAGCGACUCCUUGCGGCGUGAAGUCCAGGAGGGUUCUUCAAGUGUCUUCUUCUUAUUGUUUUUCAAUUAUCCUCCAGCUUUACUUUCAAGGAUCUGCUACUGCUCAACAGAACAGGUAUUUUAUAUUUCAAAUCUGCCCAAAACAUCACCCUUUUCUGUACAAUCGGUUACUGGAAUCUGUAGUAGUUCUAGUCCUUUGUUGGGGCUAUAAUUUUGAUCGAAGUUUCUUCUAUACCCCAGGAAGGCUCGAUCCAAGUUGGGUCUGGUUCUGACCAGCCGAUUGAAUGUUUCCUAAAAUCUCUUGGUUUUUGUCUUCUAGUGAUCUGCCUUGGCCAGAACUGAAAUUGAUUGGCCUGGGGGUAAUUUCUAUUGUGGUUUCGGGUUCUGAAUCAUUAUUUAACAGU